UAUAAUUGUAGAACAAUGCUUUUAAACAAAGCCGGCAUAGCAAAUGAAUUAGAUUAAGCCAAUGAAAAAUAUGUAUGUAUUUUUUUAUACGCAAAACUCCCAUAAAUAAUUUAAUUAACUGUGAGCGUUGCAAAAGUUUCAAAAUGCGGUUUGUGCGACGAGGAGUGCAAAAGCUACUGCUGAUAAGCGGCUUACUAGUGAUGUUUGUAACAUUUUAUAUUCUAAACGGGGUGGAGCCCGAGGAAAUUGACAGGGCAGUCAAAAUUGCAUUAAUCGAGCGUUCAAUAGACUCCCCCAUGAAUCAAGCUGAGUGCAAAAUGCCAGACUUGCCGGUCAAUAAUCCCGAAAUUAUGAAAUUCUACAAGCCGGCUGACAAGUUAAGCUGCGGCGACGAGUCUGCUUGGGUUACAUGCGAGAAAUCGAUAUGCUUUGUUAAGCCCGAAAUAAGUGCUAAGUAUGGGGACGUUAUAUGCUCUUAUACGGAUUUAAUACGCAAAACGGACUACAAAGUGCGCUUCGGGCGACCCGUAAGGACUACAGAACCUUAUGUUUUACAAAAUAGUGACUUUGUUAAAGUCGCAUGCACAUCGAACGACGGCUACAAGUGGUUUGGCAUGGCCUACGGCAUACGCGACAAUGUGCCACGUCGUUUUUCGCCAAACUUCACCCGAAAUCUGGCCGUGCUGCCACCUGAGUUGGUUGCUCAGGCUCAAAGGGAAGCUCAGGAUCCACCGAUGUUUUAUAACGUGCUGAUCUUUGGUUUCGAUUCGAUGAGCCGUAACGCUGUCGUCCGGAAGCUGCCGCGUACUUAUGAGUACAUGACCAAAGAACUUUGCACAAAUAUAUUGAAGGGUUAUAACAUUGUUGGCGAUGGAACCCCACAAGCCAUGAUACCCAUACUUACUGGCUAUACUGAGCUAGAGCUGCCAGAGACUAGAAAGCGUAUAUCUGGCGCAGUGCGCGUAAACAAUUACCCAAUGAUUUGGAAGAAGUUUCAACGCCUUGGCUAUAUGACCUCUUAUAAUGAGGAUAUGCCGCAUGUAGGAAUCUUCACAUAUCGCAUGACGGGCUUCGAUGAACAGCCUGUGGAUCAUUAUUUGCGCACAUAUUACCAAGAGGGUCAGCAAUUAUUAAGCGGCAGCAAUGAGCAUUGUGUCGGCAAUGAAGCUGAUCAUUUGGUCAUGUUGAACUAUACAAAAAAUUUUAUGCUCAAGUAUCGCGACACGCCACACUUUAUAUUUAGCUUUCAUGGUGGACUGUCGCACGACUAUAUAAACCUUAUAGGGGCAGCCGAUGACGAUGUGCACGAUUGGCUGGUGGCACUUAAAGAAAAUUCUCUUUUGGAUAAUACAAUACUUGUAUUUAUGGCCGAUCAUGGUAAUCGUUUUGCAGAAGUUCGUGCUACGCUGCAAGGCAAACAGGAAGAACGCCUUCCUUUCUUUAGCUUCACGUUUCCGGAUUCUUUUAAGAAACGAUUCCCUGAGGAGUACAGCAAUUUCGUAGCCAAUGAGGAUCGGCUAACAACGCCUUUCGAUGUGCAUGCCACUUUAGAGCACAUCAUGCAAUUACAAACAUCGACAGUGGACGAAAGUAUACUAGAGGAAAUCAAUGAUCUCGGUCCACAGACAAAAGGCUUGCACUUGUCAGAGCAAGCGCGUAAUCGUGCCAUAUCGCUGCUAAAUCCCAUACCAAGCAAUCGCUCCUGCGCGGACGCGUAUAUUGAGCCACACUGGUGUUCAUGCCUUAACUGGCAGACCUUGAAGUUAGACGAUACACGUUAUGAAGGCAUUAUACUGAAGUUGGCUGACAGCAUUGUGACUACUAUUAAUUCAGCUUCAGAACUACAACGAAAGAUUUGUGCCGAGCUAAAGCUUGAUCGCAUAAAUUGGGCAUUGCGACUGCAGCCUCAUAAAGAGAUGCUACAAUUCAAGAGCGCCAAGGAUCGGGACGGAUAUGUGCCCAAUUUGAAUGGUCAAACUACUGUGAAUGAGCAGAUAUAUCAACUGCAAUUGGUUACCCAACCCGGCGAUGCGCUUUAUGAGGCGAGCGUCACCUACAACCUGCAAACAUACGAAGCCACAACAAAGCUCUCGGAUAUAUCCAGAGUUAAUAAAUAUGGAUCCCAAGCUAAUUGUAUUUACGAACGUGAUCCUGAACUACGAAAAUUCUGCUAUUGUCGUAACUGAAGCUAGUCAAUGCAAUAUUUGCUCUCUUAAACUUAUUGUUAGGAUUGGUAUUAUAGUAUAACACUGAAGACUUAAUUACUCAAAUAUUUAUAUAUAGUUUUUCUAUAAUUCAGUUCUACUUUUUAUGUAUUUAUGUAGAAAAAACCAAAGCCCUACAUAAGUCUGACACAGAUACUACUUUGCACAUUGUUUACAAUUUAGUCUCUUAUCGCACAAAGCACUUCUUACACAGCUGCCUAAUCAAUUGAUAAGCAAUUGAUAAAACUCAUUGAAAAUGCAAAUGUUUCAUGAAUUUUCAUGAAAUUAUUUUCUAAAUUC